AUGUCGGCCCCUCACGAAAAGACAACCGUCGAUGACGGUCACGAGUCGGAGCCCGAGAUGCUCGAGGCCGACGAGGUUGGCGAAGAGGUCAAUGUCGACGACGAGGACAUGCCCAUGGACUCUGACGACGAAAACGAAGAAAUCAACCUCCAAAACGACUCGGUCGCCUACUUUGACGCACACAAGGACUCCGUCUUCGCCAUCGCCCAGCACCCCGUCCACCCGACCCUCAUCGCUACCGGCGGCUCCGAGGGCGACGCCGACGACGCACCCGGCAAGGGCUACCUCAUCUCCACCGCCACCGCCGCCUCCCGCCCCGUCCUCCCGGCCUCCUACUCGGGCGACACCUCCCAGCAACAGUCCACCGAGCUCCAGACCAUCUACGCCAUCGACGGCCACACGGACAGCAUCAACGCCCUGGCCUUCACCCUCCCCAAGGGCGACUUUCUCGUCAGCGGCGGCAUGGACGGCAAGCUCCGCGUCCACGCCCUGCGCGUAAACUCGGCCUCGGCGGAGGCCGCCAGCGUGCAAAUCAAGUUCAUCGCCGAGGCGCAGGAGGUCCCCGAGAUCAACUGGAUCGCGCCCUGCCCGAGCCCCAAAUACCCAAACACCAUUGCCAUUGGCGCCAGCGACAACUCGGUCUGGGUGUACACCAUCGACAUCGCCGCGGGCGGCGGCAACCCGGCCAACGCACUGCAGCUCGUGCAGACGUACUGGCUCCACCAGGCCCCCGUCACCGCGGGCGCCUGGACGCCCGACGGCAACUUGCUCUGCACCGUCUCCGAGGACGCGAGCCUGUACGUGUGGGAUGUCUGGGGCGAGGCGGCCGCCAGUGGCCUGGUGGAGAGCAACGGCCAGACGACGGUGAGCCUGACGGCCGAGGACCAGCGGUUCGCGGUCGAGGGCGGGCUGUACAGCGUCGCGGUGGACCCCAAGGGCGCGCUGGUGGCCGUCGGCGGCGCGGGCGGCGCGAUCCGUAUUGUGAGCUUGCCGAGGCUGGCGAGCAGCGCGCAGGCGGGUAAGGGGGCCAAGGGCAAGAGCAAGAGUGGCGCGGACGUUGCCGCGGGCGGGCAGAUUCUCGCGGCGCUGCAGACGGCGUCGGAUUCGAUCGAGGCGCUUAGCUUCACGACGGCGGCGGGCGGGCCGGGGCAGAUUUCGACGCUGCUGGCUGCGGGGUCCGUUGACGGGAGCGUGACGGUGUUUGAUGCGGGGAGGAGGUUCGCCGUGCGGAGGAGCCUUGUGGGCGCGCACGAGGAGUUUAGUGUUGUCAAGGUGGAGUUUGUGAAGAAUAGCUGGCUGCUGACGACCUGUGGUAUGGACGGGGUGGUGAGAAGGUGGGAUUUGAGGGCGCAGGACGGCGGGCUUGUCAAGGAGUGGAGGGGACAUCGGGGUGAUGGUGAGGGCGGUGGUGUUUUGGGGUUCGUGCAGGGGGAGACUGGGGAGAGGGUUGUUACUGCUGGUGAUGAUGGUGUUGUCUUGGUCUUUGAGGCUUGA